UCGUCUCUUAUCUGCCUCUGAUUGAUUACUCCCUCCGUCGCGUAAAACCCUAAUUCCCAUUUCCCCUCUUUCAACCAUGGCGACUCCUCCGAAUCUAGAGUGCCGGAUGUACGAAUCCAAGUACCCCGAAGUCGACAUGGCCGUAAUGAUCCAGGUCAAAAACAUCGCGGACAUGGGAGCCUACGUGUCACUCCUGGAGUACAACAACAUCGAAGGCAUGAUCCUCUUCUCCGAGCUCUCCCGCCGUCGGAUCCGGAGUGUGAGCAGCUUGAUCAAGGUCGGGAGAAUCGAGCCCGUCAUGGUCCUGCGUGUGGACAAGGAGAAGGGGUACAUCGAUCUGAGCAAGCGCAGGGUUAGCGAGGAGGAUAUACAGACUUGUGAAGAGAGGUAUAACAAGAGCAAGCUUGUGCAUUCUAUCAUGCGUCAUGUUGCCGAGACGCUUUCUAUUGAUUUGGAGGAGUUGUAUGUGAACAUUGGUUGGCCUUUGUACCGUAAACAUGGUCAUGCUUUUGAGGCUUUCAAGGUCUUAGUGACUGAUCCUGAUUCUGUGCUGGGUUCCCUCACCCGUGAGAUCAAAGAAGUUGGGCCUGAUGGGCAGGAGGUGACCAGGGUUGUACCUGCUGUUACGGAAGAAGUGAAAGAUGCGCUUGUGAAGAACAUUAGGAGGAGAAUGACACCACAGCCAAUGAAAAUCCGUGCUGAUAUCGAAUUGAAAUGUUUUCAGUUUGACGGUGUUGUUCACAUUAAGGAAGCCAUGAAAAAGGCUGAAGCUGCUGGAAACGAAGACUGUCCUGUUAAGAUUAAAUUGGUUGCUCCACCUCUAUAUGUCCUUACUACUCAGACUCUUGACAAGGAACAAGGGAUUGAAAUUCUAGAGAAGGCCAUAGCAGUUUGCACUGAGACAAUUGACAAACACAAAGGCAAGCUCGUCAUUAAGGAGGCACCUAGAGCUGUGAGUGAAAGAGAUGAUAAGAUGCUGACAGAACACAUGGCUAAGCUAAGAAUGGACAAUGAAGAAAUCAGCGGGGAUGAAGAAAGUGGAGAAGAGGAAGAAGACACGGGGAUGGGCGAAGUUGAUAUCGAUGGUGGCGCAGGAAUCAUUGAGUAGUCUUUUCUUUUAAAGUAGAACACCACCAAAAAGAUUUGUUUUUUGUUGUUGUUGUUGUUGAUACGAAUGUUAUUUCACCCGUUUGAGGGGUUUUAAGUAUCAAACAUUACAUUCAUGAUCCUAUAAAGCUUUGAUUAUUUUUUGGGUUAAA